GAGCCGCAACAGCACAGCAGAUGAGGCCAUACAGAUUGUUACUUGGCCUUCUCUCUAUUUCUGUGAUGCUUUUAUUAAUGCAUUGGCUGUUUCGACCGUCGUCAAGUGUCUCAUCAGUCAAAACCGAUUUCGGCACAACGAAAACGCGCGCCAUUCGCUCCACCGACACGCACAUCACAUUCCGAACGUCUCUUCAAUUGUCACAGCAAAGAAAACGGGACGAUGAAAAGGUCCACGAAAAUUUGGCCACAGAAGGUAGGAAGGUCGGUAGACUGACAGUGGGAGUUGUGACGGCUUUCUCGGAGAACCACGUCGAGGAAUCAGUAGAUAUGAUUGCCUCGCUGCAGAGCUACUCUCCUGCUAGCACAAUAAUCGUAUACAAUCUUGGCAUCAAUAAUUCGUCUCUGGAAAAGUUGAAGUCAUUUUGCAAUGUUGAAAUUCGGACGUUUCCUUUCCACCGUUACGGUAGACACUUUCAAAAUCUAGAAGUUUGCGCGUGGAAGCCAAUUAUUGUUCAGGAAGUCCUCGGUGAAUUUCCUAUAAUAUUUUAUGGUGAUGCAUCUAUUCGCUUAACUAGAGACAUCGGCAAUCUACUGCGGCUUGUACAGACUGGCAGUCCUAUUGUUGGGCAGUCAACUGCACCUUCUGGUCCUGCCGGCUCUUAUACACACGAUGGCACGUUAGCAUUUUUUAACAUUUCACGAGAUCAGUACAAGGAUGUGGACAUGUUUGCGGCGACGUACUUUGUAAUGAAGCAAACGCCUGUUGUUGACACAAUCGUGCAGCAGUGGGUUUUGUGUGCUAUGGAUCCCGGCUGCAUUUCGCCACUCGGUGCUCACAAGUGGCCGUGCUUGACGAAUCUGCAGGAGAUGGAUCAUAACGCUUUCAUUGGUUGCCACAGAUACGAUCAGUCUGCAUUGAGCAUCAUUCUAUUCAAGGUAUUGGGUAGAAGUGGCUAUAACGGAUGCAUACAAGAAUCAUCGGCACACACCACAGUAGCUAUACAUCGCUACAAGACAAACUACAACAUGGUUCACGUUUGUCACUAAAAAGCCUCUUUACUCUAAGCAAUAUAGAGAUGCUAUUAUAUAUGUGAUUGAUAUUAAAUUUAGUGCAUUCUGUGUAUGCUGGAAUGGAGACAUACAUAUAUGAAAUUGUAACUAAAACUUUAAAUUGUUUAUUAUUGUAUAUGAAUAAUAUACUAAAUAAGUUUAUGUUUUG